AUGGUUCGCUUUAAAAACAGAUACAUAAUAUUUGAAAUAACUGUUGGUGAUAAAUCUAACAAGCCUUUACAAUUAAAAACUACGGUUUUGCAUAAUGCUAUUCAACAAAAAGUAUAACAGUUGUAUGGUGAUUUUGGAGUUGCAGCGAUAAAAGCUGGUUUUAGUGCAAAGUAUUGCAAUAUACAUACAAAAAUUGCAUUAGUGAAAACCAGACAUGGCCCCCACAAAUUUUUACUAAAGGCUAUCCCAAUCAUAAAUGACAUAGCAGGACGUUUAGUAUCAGUAAAAAUACUUUACGUGGGUGCAACAUUGAAACAUUGUUUCCUCUUUAUCAAAAGAUAUCAACAACAAAAGCUGGAAAAAGUAUGGGGUACUCUUAAAACCGAAACAGAACGGAAAAAUAUGGAGAACGCUUUAAUGACGCUAACUCCAGCCAUGAAAGACUGUACAUGAAAUAAACUUUCGUAAAGUAAAA